AUGAGCGGCGUGGAGUGCUUCGGCUGUGGCCGAGCCGGUCACUGGAUCAAAAAUUGUCCAGACGCGGCCAGGGGACAACGGGGCAGGGGACGACCCAGGCCCAAAGACACCUUCUGCUACCGCUGUGGGGAGCGAGGACACGUGGCCCGAGACUGCGAGAGGACGGAAGAUGCGUGUUACAACUGCGGGCGCGCCGGGCACAUCUCGCGGGAGUGCCCAGACCCUAAGAAGGAGCGUGAGCCCUUGUGCUACAACUGUGGCAAGGCGGGUCACGUGGCCCGAGAGUGCCAGCACGCGCACGAGCAAAAGUGCUACUCCUGCGGCGGCUUCGGACACAUCCAGAAGGGCUGCCACAAGGUCAAGUGCUACAGGUGCGGUGAGCUGGGUCACGUGGCCAUGCACUGCAAGCAAGCGUCCCAGCUCAGCUGUUACAACUGCGGCAAGACUGGCCACCUGGCUAAAGAGUGCGUAGAGGACGAGCAGGAGGCUUAG